CGGCAGCUGCUGCAGACUGCCCUGCGAGGAGCGGACGGGGCCGACACCCUGACCAUGACCCCCCGCAGGCUGCUGCCGCCCCUGCUGCUGCUCGGCCUGCUGCUCGCUGCCCGCUCGGGAGCCGCCCUGGCGCGGUGCCCAGGCUGCGGGCAGGGGGCGCAGGCGGGCUGUCCCGGGGCCUGCGUGCAGGAGGAGGACGGGGGGCCGCCGGCGGAGGGCUGCGCCGAAGCGGGGGGCUGUCUCAGGAGGGAGGGGCAGCUGUGCGGGGUCUACACCCCCAACUGCGUCCCGGGACUGCAGUGCCAGCCGCCCGAGGAAGACGAGGCCCCCCUGCGGGCGCUGCUGCUGGGCCGCGGCCGCUGCCGCCGGGCGCGCGGGCCCCCGGGGGAGAAUCCUAAGGAGAGCAAACCCCAAGCAGGGACCACUCGUCCACAGGAUGUGAACCGCAGAGACCAACAAAGGAAUCCAGGGGCCUCUACUACAACUUCCGGCCGGCCCAAUCCUGGUGGUGUCCAAGAUGCUGAAAUGGGCCCGUGCCGCAGACAUCUGGACUCAGUGCUACAGCAGCUACAGACCGAGGUGUAUCGAGGGGUUCACACCCUCUACGUGCCUAAUUGUGACCAUAAGGGCUUCUACCGGAAGCGGCAGUGCCGCUCCUCCCAGGGGCAGCGCCGAGGUCCCUGCUGGUGUGUGGAUCGGAUGGGCCAGCCGCUGUCGGGGUCCCCAGAUGGUGAUGGAAGCUCCUCCUGCCCCCCUGGGAGCAGUGGCUAAGCCUGGGGGCAGGGCUGGGGGCACUGCCCGGCCAGUGGAAGGAGCAUGGGGCUGUCCUCUUGGGUCGUUUGUUGAGUGAUGAGUAACUCGGAGCCCUGAGCCCCACACUCCACCUUCAGGCCCCCCCCCCACUACCCCCCGACCCCCCAGGACCCUGCACAUGGAAAGAUUGUUGGUGUGGGCUUGGGGUGUUAAUAAAGCUGUGUUGGGGGUCUCUGGCCUA